AUGCCUACUUUCAUGCACCUCUUCAUUUUCCUUUGCAUUCUCGUCUCCAUCCACCUCAUAGGUGGGACUCAGCUCAUAUUGGUGAACAACUGCAGAGAGAGUGUGUGGCCCGGAAUCCUUGGCAGUGCAGCCCACCCCACUCCCAAAGACGGUGGUUUUCACCUUUGCAGCGGCGACGAGGUGGCGUUGGAUGUUCCUGAGGGAUGGUCAGGCAGAAUCUGGGGUAGACAAGGCUGUUGCUUUGACCCCAUAACAGGCAAAGGCUCAUGUGAAACAGGUGACUGUGGAGGGCUUUUGAAGUGUGGGGGAAUGGGAGGAGUUCCACCUGCUACCCUUGUGGAAAUGACACUUGGGACCUCUCAAUCAGCAUUGCAUUUCUACGAUGUUAGUUUGGUUGAUGGGUUUAACCUUCCAGUUUCGAUGAAGCCAGUGAGUGGUGGGGUAGGUUGUGGGGUUGCAGCUUGUGAAGCGAACUUGAACGUUUGUUGUCCUCCUGCUUUGGUGAUGAAGCGGCAAGGGAGAGUGGUGGGGUGCAAGAGUGCUUGUUUGGCUGCAAAAUCAGAUAGGUAUUGUUGCACUGGGGAGUUUGCGAGUCCAAAAAGUUGUAAACCUACUGCAUUUGCUCGUCUUUUUAAGACCAUUUGUCCUCAGGCUUAUAGCUACGCCUAUGAUGACUCAACGGCGCUUAAGAUUUGCAAAGCGCGGAGGUACGUCAUCACAUUCUGCCCCCCAAGUUGA